AUGAAAGAAUGGGAUGUUGUCUUUAACAAACCAAGAGCAACAAUAGUGUCUGAACAAGAAUGUAGACAGAAACUUAAGAAAAUAAAAGUCGUACAAGUUGGAAUGAAGAUGUUAGAUGCUUGGGAUAUCUUAUUGUCAAAACUUGAAGAUUUUUCAGUUCGAGGUAUAAAGUUCUAUACACCUUCUCCAAACUUCUAUUCUAUCUUCACUGGAUAUAAAUACGAACAAGUAGAAUGGAAAGAAAAUGUUAUAGAAGCUUGGUUAGACCAUGUCAAAGAAAUUAUAUGCAAUGGAAACGAAAAGGUUUAUGAGUAUAUCUUAUGUUGGUUUGCAAACAUCUUACAACAUCCAAGUGCUAAAAAUGAAACUGCUCUCAUUAUAAUUGGAAAACAAGGAACAGGUAAGAACACUUUCUUUACAGAUAUCUUAUGCAAACUGUUAGAGGGCUAUUCGAAUCCGAAUAUGACAAACUUAGAAAACAUCUGCGGUAAAUUUAACUCUUCAAUAGAGAAUAUGAAACUUAUAGUAUGUAACGAACUUCAAAGUAUAGAUACAACAAAGGUUUUGAACUCAGAUGCUUUGAAGAGUCUUAUAACAGACAAAGUUGGAGUUGUUGAAAGAAAAUAUAAAGACCAAAGAGUUUGUGAAAAUGUUGCAAAUUUCAUUAUGGUUUCAAACAACGCUGUUCCGAUGAAGUUAGAAAGUUCUGACAGAAGAUAUGUAGUUGUCAGAACGUCAGAUUCUCAUAUGCAAGAUACAGAAUAUUUUGACGACUUAGCAGAAACUUUGACAUCUGACUUUUACAACCACUUGUUCUCAUAUUUCAUGACAUUAGAUAUUUCAAAGUUCAAUCCAAGACAAAUUCCACAUACCGAAGAGAGACAAACAUUGUUAGAAGCAAACAAGAGUGUAUAUGAACUGUUCAUAGAUGAAACUGACUUUGAGU